AUGAUUGAUACAGAAAGAAAAGAAAAAAAAAUCUCUCAUCGGUGUCACGGAUACAACAUACCCAGUCAGGAGGACAUGUGUUCCGGCAAACAGAGGAAGAAAAGAAGCAAGCAGACCACUGUUGUGUGGCUGAGUAUUGGGUUGAAGAAGCAAAACCGACAUAGGAAACAAUAUCUCGCUGAGAAAACAGUAUGGGAAACACCUGAAGAAACCAGCUCGUUGGACAGGGAUAUCAAGAAGAGAAGAAAAAGAAAGAAAGAAGAAGAAAAGAAGCUGGAAGCCAUCUAUGAAAACAACUCCGUUCUAUCCCGACCCGAAUGCAAAUUAAGAUUAUAA